CAACGCAAAGUAUAAUAUUCUCAUUUCGAAAUAUUUAGUUGAGUAAAUCGAACAUGUGGCUGCGCUUAAAGACAUUGACGAUUGUGCUUUUGUCCCUCGUCGCAAGGGGCUCCACGUUUGUGGAAACCGACAUGGAACGAAGUAUAGGAGAGGACUCCACGCAAAAAUUCCUUUGUGGCAAUAAUUUUGAAAAGUGUUUUGGCAGAAAAUUGAACUCAGUAGUCUACUUUAGGGACGAUAAAUUAUAUCGCAUGGAAGUCUUUGACUAUAAACUACCAUCAACACUCGAUGAAAUUAUGGAGGAACAAAAGAGUUUGAAAACGGAAAUAGAUCUACUGGAAAACAAGGUAGAACAACAGAGCCGCGAUAUUUAUGUAGAUUUGGGGAAAGCAAAUGAAGAACACUUCGAUAGAGAUUCGGCUCUUUCACAGAAAGCUGAGGACGACAGGCUGCAUAUGAGAUCGGAAUUAACUCAAAACAUGAACGAUAUAAAAUCUGAGAUACUCAAUACACUCAAAACUAAACUUAAUCGUAUGGAUAGAAAAAUUCGUAAACCACACGCAAACGAUCCGAAUGCCGAUCUACCAGCUAGCUGUGCUGAAGCUUUCGACAUGUACGGGACCACUGAGAGUGGUAUCUACAAGCUGUACUUACCCGAUUUUGAACUUCCUCCAUUCGAAGUGUACUGUCUGGCCGAUCCGAAUGGUGGUCCCGCUUGGACGUUGGUGCAACGGCGCAUGGAUGGCUCCGAGGAUUUCUAUCGUGAAUGGGAUGAUUAUGUAGCAGGUUUUGGUGAUCAACAAGGUGAAGUUUUUAUCGGUUUAGAUAAAUUGUAUGCGCUCACCAAUGAUCAGCCCAAUGAGUUGUGGAUACAGUUGGAGGAUUUCGAGGGCGAAAAACGUUUUGCAAAAUAUACGGAUUUCGCUAUUGGCGAUUUGGAUGAAAAUUAUGCCUUAAAAAAGUUGGACGGUUUCACCGGCGAUGCUGGUGAUUCGUUGGUGGAGCAAAAGGGUUGUCAAUUUUCCACACUCGAUCGUGAUAAUGAUAAUGAUGAAUCGAAGAGUUGUGCUAUCACCUAUAAUGGUGCUUGGUGGUAUAAUCGCUGUCAUGACAGCAACUUAAAUGGUCUUUAUAUAGAGGGUGGUGAAUAUGAUUAUUCUGACGAAGCGCAAGGUAUUGAUUGGUAUUCCUGGCAUGGACAUCAAUAUUCUAUGAAAUAUGUACAUAUGGCCAUCCGACCGAAAGCUGUUCUCGGUUGAAAUUACGCAUGCUUAUUUUGUAAGGAGGAAAUUCAGUACUCCAAAAAUUUAACCACUCUUUUUAUAAUAGUUACUCAACAUAACGAUACCACAUUUUAUUAAAAAGCAAGCAAAAUUA